CACUGUUUUGUUUUUAUUAGAAUUUCUUAUGGACAAUUUGUAGAAUAUCAGCAAAAAAGGAAAGUUUUUGGAAUUUGUUGCUGUGGCUACAUGAAAGAAUGUCUUCGCAUUUUGUAAAUGUACUGCGGCAAGCUUUAAAAACGUUUGACAGAGCCAAUCAAACGGGGUUUAAAAGUAAUUUAGCUUUAUUGAAACAGUUGACAGAUCAACUCACAUACCGGGAUAUACAAGUCAAUCAGGAAGAACUGUUUAAUGAUGAUGUGUUCCAGCGUCAUGGCAGGGCACCAUGUACCUUUAUGCACAUAUUUGAAAAUGAAACAGUUUCAAUGAGCGUCUUUAUAAUGAGAGGUGGAUAUACAAUGCCCCUUCACGAUCAUCCUUGUAUGCACGGUUUGCUUAAAGUCUUACAUGGUCAAUUGAAAAUACAAUCUUACACUCAGGACCUGCAGACAAAUGAUCCGAUGAAUUACAAGCAAAACAUAAAAGAGGUAAACGUUGUAAAGGAAGAAGUAAGAUAUAUGAAUCCGAAUAUGGAGUGCACCCUGCUAACGCCUAGAGAAUGUAACUAUCAUGAGAUUACAGCUGAUGGCGGUGUUGCUGCAUUUUUUGAUAUUCUAUCACCGCCGUAUGAUGCUGAUGUGCCUGGCAUUGGUCGUAGAAGAUGUACUUUUUAUGAAGUCAUUACAAAGCCGGACAUAUCCGGCGACAGCGGUGGUGAUGCUGACAAAAAACGAACAGUAGUGACACUUCAGCGCAUACCUGCUCCCAUAACAUACUAUUGUGACACAACAAAUGCUCACGAAUCUGUUUUGGAAACAGCAUUUCUUUGUUCACAAGAAGCUUAUAGUGUUUUAUCAUAAUACGUACAACAGGGACCGACUAGCGAUGGAUAUAAUUAGAAAAUGCUUAGGAAUUGAUGUAAAACAGAAGCCAAAUAAUUAUUUAAGUCUGUGUAUUUGUUAUUUAAUAGGAGUUGUACUUUAUCAAUUGAACGAAAAUAAAGUUCAAACAUCACACUCAAUAAAUGUUUAAGGUGUAAAGAUUUAUUUCCAAUUGUAUUAUUUAUUUAGCAUCAAUAAUUUAAUAAAAACCUAAAAAAGUUCAACCAAUUCUUAUCGA